GCCGGUCCGAUGUGCACUCGCUCCAAACCCGUUCAGUCCGCAGCUCCGCCGAGCUCCGCCCGCUGUAGCGCAGGGCAUCGCAGGCCGGCAACGCAGGCUUAGCCCUGCAACGACGCUCUCCAGAAGCUUUCCGUGCCCCCGUGUGUGUGUGAGUGUGUGUGUGAAAGAGUUUUGCGAGAGCCCGUGAUCCACCCGCGACCCGCCCUGCCCACCAGCAGCCCCCAUCUGCAGCCCUCUGGAUUAACUGUGUUCGGGGAGUGUUGAGUGCCAGUGAGUGCCAGUGAGUUCUUCGCCCCGUGCCGGGGGCGCCCCACACAAGUGCUCGACAGCUCGACGGAGUGCCCGCGGCACCGCGCCCGGAGCGCUCGCCGGCGGACGACGGGAGCGCGACCACGCGCCUGACAGCCCAAGUGACAGAUUGCCAUAAGUCGCCAUGGCGGCCAUCAUCAGAGUGGUGGAGGACCGGUACCACGGCAUCAUGGACGCCCUCGGAGAUCCCCGAGUGGCGGACUGGCCGCUGAUGGACUCGCCGUUCCCCACCCUGGCCAUGGUCGUCGUGUACCUGCUGUCGGUAGUCAUCAUCGGGCCCUCAAUCAUGGCCAACAGGAAGCCCUUCGCGCUAAAUAAAAUCCUCGUCGUGUACAACGCCUUCCAAGUCUUAUACAGCGCCAUCAUGUUUUACGAGGUGAGUCCAGUCCCCCCGUUAAGUCCCCGCAGUGUCGUCGUGUUGUAGUCGCGAGCUGCGC